GGGCGGGACUUCCGGCGUCUUUCUGAUGGCGGUCGUUUGGCGGCUUUUGCUGCCGUCUGCAGGACCCGAGGCUCUAGGUCACUCGGUGGAGCGGAGCUUAGAGAAACUGGAAGGAGCCCGAGGGGGCGCCGUCCACACUGCCCAGGAGUGAGCGGGUUGCGGAACCCGCUUCCGGGAUUUUCGGCCUAGGUCUCCGCCAUUAUCCUGCGCGUCUCCUGGCACCACCGCGCCCACAGGGUCCUAUGUCAACCAACGCGGUGCAGGACCCGGCCCAGGUUCCCAUGGUGGCAGCAGCAUUUAUGGUCCCUGGACAGGGCCAUGUGAUCUUUGAGGAUGUGGCUGUGUCCUUCUCCCAGGAGGAGUGGGGCCUCCUUAACGAUGCUCAGAGACUCCUGUACUGUGACGUGAUGCUGGAGAACCUGUCACUUAUAGCCUCCCUGGGGUGUUGGAGUGCAUUAGGUACUGAGGAGGCCACUUCUGAACAAUGUGUUUCUGUAAAACAAGUGACACAAGACAGGAAUCCAAAUCCAGACCUAUCUAUCCUGAAGACUCUUACUUCAGAUAUGGGUGCCCUGGUAGAGAAAUAUGUUUUGUACCUGGCUGAGCACCAAGGAGUGCAUCCUGGGCUGAAACCGUCCUCUUCUGGGGCUUGUGGGAAAAUGUUCACUUCUCACCUACAACAGCACCAGAAGCAGCCCAGUGGAGAGAAACACCUCAGAAGGGAAGAGAAUGGGGCCUUGCUUGUGACGAGCUGUAAAGUCUUUUUACCCGACAAUAUGUUCACAUGCGGAGAGAUUGAGAAGGCUUUCUUAGGCAGCUUGGGCUUUCCCCAGCACCAGCCCUCCCACGAUGGACAGCAUCCAGGAAGAAGCAGGGAGAGCAGGGAGGUCUCUCACCCUGGACAAGGGCAUUACGAGUGCAGCGAAUGUGGCAAAGCCUUCAGUAAAAAGUAUAAAUUCACGGAGCACCUGAGAGUUCACACUGGAGAAAAACCUUAUGGGUGCAGCGAGUGCGGCAAAUUCUUCAGACUCAGGGGAGGUCUUUCUCAUCAUCGUAGAGUUCACACAGGAGAAAAGCCUUUUGAUUGUGGUAAAUGUGGGAAAGUCUUCAUCUACAAAUGUAAACUUGUUCAGCACCAAAGAGUCCACACUGGAGAAAGACCCUAUGAGUGUAAUGAAUGUGGGAAAGCCUAUGCCCGCAAGGAUUCACUUGUCCAGCACCAAAAGGUCCACACUGGAGAGAAACCUCAUAAAUGCACUGAAUGUGGGAAGCUCUUCCUUUACAGAAAUAAACUUCUUGUGCACCAGAGGAUCCAUACUGGAGAAAAGCCUUUUAAGUGUACCGAAUGUGGGAAGUCCUUCAGUUAUAAAACCAGUCUUAUUAUCCACCAGAGAACCCACACUGGAGAAAGGCCUCAUAUGUGCAGUGAGUGUGGGAAAGCCUAUGUCAACAAAAAAAGUCUUAUUGUACACCAGAGAAUUCACAAUGGAGAAAAAGUUUAUGGGUGUAAGAAAUGUGGGAACUUCUUUAUAAGCAGCUUUGCCCUUAAUAAACACCAGAAUGUUCACACUGCACAAAGGCGUUAUGAGUGCAGUGAAUGUGGGAAAGCUUUCAAGAGGAAAAUCAGACUUGCUGAGCACCAGAGAAUCCACACUGGAGAAAGACCCUAUGAGUGUAAUGAAUGUGGGAAAGCCUUCAAGCUGAAGAAUACACUUGUUAGCCACCGAAAUGUCCACACUAGAGCAAAGCCUUUUCAGUGCAGUGAAUGUGGGAAGCCCUACAGUAACAAAACAAGUCUUGUUGUCCACCAGAGAAUCCACACUGGAGUAAAGCCUUUUCAGUGCAAUGAAUGUGGGAAGCCUUACAGUUACAGAACAAGUCUUAUUGUCCACCAGAGAAUCCACACAGGAGAAAGGCCUUAUGAGUGUAGUUCUUUGUAUGUAGCUCCAAGCUCAUAAAAAAGAGGAAAGUUCACACUGGAGAAAUGUCUUCUGGACUUAUGUGUUCCUUCACUUGAGUUAAUAUCUAGCACCACAACUCCUGUGUUGUAGAGUAGGUGAACGUUUAACUUAUGUGGGGUCAAACUUUUGUGUGUGUGUGUGGUAAACAGCCCUCUCACUGUUGUGGCCUCUCCCGUUGCGGAGCACAGGCUCCGGAUUCUCAGGCUCAGUGGCCAUGGCUUACGGGCCCAGCCACUAAGCGGCAUGUGGGAUCCUCCUGUACAGGGGCACGAACCCGUGUCCCCUGCAUCGGCAGGCGGACUCCCAACACUGCGCCACCAGGGAAGCCGCAGUCAAACUUUUUAAAGUGGUAGUAUCCUUUUACAGUCUUGCCAGAAACACCAGAACCCAAGUUCCCAUUCUUUCCAUUCUUACCAACACUUGGUAUGUGCAGGAUUUCUAAUUUUUGUGACAUCGUAGGUGUAUAGUGGUAUCAAGUGAUUUUAAUUUGCAUUUCCCUAAUGACAUGAUGCUGAGUGGUCUUCCAUGUGUUAAUUUCCAGCCAUAUAUUGUUAUUGAAAUUUCUAUUCAUUUGAUUUGUUGUUCUAAUUACUGAGUUUUGACAUUUCUUCAUGAAUUAUUGAAUAUGGUCCUCUAAUGGAAAUACUUAGCAAUACUUUCUUCCAGAAUUGGUCUUGUCUUUUCAAUUACUUUUCCAGAGAAAAAGUUCUUAAUUUUAGUGUAGUCUAAUUUGUCCAUUCUUAUACUUUUUCCCGUUUCCUCCUGUAACUUUUAUGGUUUAGGGUUUUUAUUGAUGCAAAGGAAUCAUUUUCAAUUAAUUGUGGGAGUUAUUUUUUAAAAUAUAGACACCCAAUUGCUGCAGCGAUACUGAUUUAAAAGAUUAUACCUUUUACCCUGAAUUCCUUUAGUAUCUUCAUCGAAGGUCAAUCAUUUAUGUAUAUGUUUAUUUCUGGAAUUUCUAUUCUGUUGCAUUUAUCUACUUUAUUUAUGCCAGUAUUUUCAUGUAUUAACUAAUUUGUUUUUAUAGUAUGUCUUGAAAUCAAGGUUGUAUACUCCUUUGACUUUCUUUUUUUCAGUCAUUAUAGCCUUUCUUGGUUCUUUGCUUUUCCAUAUGAAGUUUAGAAUUCACUUUUCAGCUUAUACAGCACAAAAAAUCCUACUAGGAGUUUCACUGGGCUUGCAUUUAGUCUUCAAUUUAUUUUUAUUUUUUGGCUGUUCCGUGCAGCUUAUGGGAUCUUAGUUGCCUGAUCAGCAAUUGAACCCAGGCCAGGGCAGUGAAAGCGCUGAGUCCUAACCACUGGACCUCCAGGGAAUUCUCCUAAUCUUUAGUUUAGAAAGAAAUACUGAGUGUCCCAAUCCAUAAACAUGAUACAUCUCCUUUUAUGUAGAUCUUAUUUAAUUUUGGAUGGAAAUGUUUUUAGAUUUCUUUUUAUAGGUCUUGCAUAUGUAUUUUCUAAAUCUGAUAAUAUUGUGAAUGAGAAUUAAAAAAUUUUUCUUUGUGAAAUGUUCAGUGCUAGUACGCUAAGAGAGAUAUCAAACUACGGAUAGAAGUGAGCCUUCUUAAUCCUACAACAUCUACAAAGAGUAAUUAGAAAUACUAUACCUUUGAACCAUUAUUAAACUAUUGCCAUUAGAAUAAAAGGAGGGCAGCUGCUCAUUGUUCUCUUAUUCAGUAUCAUCCUGGAGUUCCAAUUUCAUUCAAUACGAAAAAAAAAAAACCGGCAAAAUAAUGAAUAUGUAGCAAUUGGAAAGGAAGAAAACACCUAAAAUAUAUCCUCAGUUUUCAUCUUCACUAUGAAUCCAAAUAUGGACACUCAUUUUAGUGCCUCAACCCAUCAUAAACUCAUAAUUGUUUCAUCACCCAUUCGCUGACCUUCUUACUUCCUUAGGACCCAUCACCUUCUAUUACGCUAUGCAACUUAAUAUCAUAGAAGAACUGCUUAUUUUAUUUUUCUAUCAAAUACAGAGUAAGUUCCAGUAGGAAAAUAUGUAUUUACAUGUUGUGCACUGAUACAUUCUGUAUUCCUAGAAACAUGUCUGAAACACAUAUGGUACUUUUUUAUUUUUGGCCUUACUGCGUGGCAUGUGGGGUCUUAGUUCCUGGACCAGGGAUCAAAUCCUUGCCCCCUGAAAUGGAAGUGCAGAGUCUUAACCACUAGAAUGCCGGGCAAGUCCCCCAUGUGGUACCUACUGACAUCUUAAAAUAUGGAACAAAAUGAUAAUGCACAUUUAACAUUCAUUUGCACAACUGUGGGUGUACUUUCUAACUCUCCUCACCCUGCUUUUUCCUUCAGUUUUACUACCAUGAAUGCUCUGAGUUAUAGGAAGAAAUUAUGUUUUGUGAAAAGCCUUUAAAUCUACUAAAAAAUCCCCAGUAGACAUUUUAGUGGUUUCCUUCUCUCACUUAUUAGAUGUCAGGUGUGUGUGUGUGUUUUUUUCCCUCACAUUCCAGUGGGAUUUUGAUUAUUUCAAAAACAAGUUUUCCACCAUCAAUUUCUGCCAGUCCUCAUGGAUAUCUAUCUCAUUAAGCACUUUUAUUAUUAUUUUUUUUUUUAGUUUAUUUAUUUCUUUUUGGCUGCUUUGGGUCUUCAUUGCUGUGUGUGAGCUUUCUCUAGUUGUAGCUAGUGAGAGCUACUCUUCGUUGCAGUGUGCAGGCUUCUCUUUGGGAUGGCUUCUCUUGUUGUGGAGCAAGGGCUCUAGGUGCAUGGGCUUCAGUAGUUGCAGUGCAUGGGCUUAGUUGCUCUGCAGCAUGUGGGAUCUUCCCGGACCAGGGCUCAAACCCAUGUCCCCUGCAUUGGCAGGCCGAUUCUUAACCACUGCGCCACCAGGGAAACCCUAAGUACUUUUAAUAGCUCUGGAUAGUUACACAGUCUGAAAUGUUUUUCUGAGUUUGUCUCCUCUCCAUAUGCAGACACUGUCAGUGCACUUACAGGUGACGUAAUCACUUCCAAGGAGCAGAUGACAUCGUGGGGUUCUAAACCUUUAUCUCAGGCUUAUGUGUCCCCAUUGCACACUCAGAUGCUGCCAUGGCAUACUUGUUAUGGGAGCAAAUACACAUUUGGUAAGUAUCUCUUCAGGUAUCUGAUUCUUAGAAAACAUUUUUGUCAGAAAACUGGAAAUUAACUCUUUCUAAAAUAAAUUUCACUUCCUGAGGUCAGGACAAUAAAAAAGGAACAAUCUUAUAUAGGUUAUAGAUAUAGACAGACAUAAGAACAAAGCCAUAAAAACAGGAAAGGCAUUUGCUGAGGAAACCAGAGGCAUGUUGCCCCCUCAUCAACGUGCAUCAGGAGUGCCUGACAGUUCCCCUCUCUCCUCAGUUGCAUUGUUUUGAAACUUGUUUCACUGGCUUCUCACUAAACACACUGAUCAUAAACAGGGUUCACUGUAGAGGCUUCAUGAUAAUGUAGGUUGUGAGUAAUAAGAUGAAGAAGAUAAGCUCCUACUCUGAGUAGAUGCCUAGUGUCUGUUGUAUCUGCUGAUGAGGGGCAUGUUGUGUCAUGGCGACUUGAAUGAUGUGUCUCUAAAUUUUUAUCCUUGGUGAAAUGCUGUUCAUUGCAUCUCAAGUACUUGGAUGUUCUCUUUAUCAUAGUAAUCAACACUCUCUACCCUCCCAGGGCCUUGGCUCCCAUUCCUCACCUAUAAAAAUGGAUCCAUUCUUCUGUCAUCUGUAUGUCUAUCAUCCACCUAUAUGUCUACCAUCUAUAUAUCUAUCUCUAUCAUCUUUGUCUUAUUGUGAUUUCAUCUCAAUGACAUGUCCCAUUUAUAAGAUAAUUUUCUUAAACAGAAAAUAAAAAUUUGGACCAGACAUCCUCUUAGAAGAAUGGAGUCACCCUGUGCUCAAUGAGAACAGGGCAUUUAAUUUAGACCCUUCCUGUGUCUCUGCAGAACUUCUAUGAUCAGGGGAAGUUGUCAAUCAUUACUACCUGUGACUCACUGGAGGCCAUUAAGAGUGGACUGAUCCACAACCUAAGCAAUGUCAUGGUUGUUAGACUCAGAUUUAUGCACACUCCCAAAUUCCCACAGGAAAUUCUACUGGCAUAAGUUUUUGUUAUUUAACUUCAUCUUGUGAUUCUUAUCAAGAUUUCUGGUUCUUUCUUUUGUCCCUUAUUUUGCUUCAUUUUCUAGUUUUGUAACCUGUUUUCAUCACACUGGUGAUAUUUUUUACUUCAACCUUAAAUGGUAUUAUAAAACUAAUGUUUACUAUGAAUAUUUUGACUGAACCCACUGGUGUAUAAAGUUAAACUGAAUAAUGAUAUUGAUACACGACACUCCUCCUCCCUUACAAAGUCCGCAUCCCAGGGAAGCAACACUUCACAAUUGGUGAGGAUCUCUCCAGACAGAAGUGACAACUUCAUAGAAAUAUUUGAUAAGAUCUCAGAGAACACCCCAUAACCACUGGACCACCAGGGAAUUCCCUCCCUUGGAUUUUUUAAUUGAAGUAUUUAUUGAGAAAAUCAGUGAUUCACAUGCAAGGGUAAGAAUACAGAGAGGGAGUUCCCUGGUGGUCUAGUGGUUAGGAUUUGGUGCUUUCACUGCCGUGACCCAGGUUCAAUCCCGGGUUGGGGAACUGAGAUCCUGCACACCUUGUGGCACAGAAAGGAGAGGACAAAGGAAGGGAAAGGGAAGGUAAGGAAUCAGAGAGAUCCUGUGUGUACUUUACCCAGUUUCCCCAAUAGUAAGACUAUAUUAUAUCACAACAAUUAUAUUGACAUUGAUACUAUCACCUGAUCUUAUUCAGAUUCCUCUAGUUGUAUUCAGGUUGUGGUUUUAUCCCUCUUUUUUUUUUUUAAGUUUUAUUUUAUAUUGGGCUAUAUUUGAUAUCCCUCUGGGUUAAGCCACUUUUUUAUCCUGGAUAUACCAUCAAGGCAACACAAAAUCUCUCUCAAUUUUUCUUCCAUUUUACUUAUGAUGUUAUGGAUUUUAAAAUUCCAUUUUGAUUGAGCAUUGUUUGUUUAAACUUUAUGGGAAAUGCUUAAAUUUGUACAAACUCAAAACUACAACACAAGGAAAUUUCAUCACUUUUGUUCCUGUCCUUCCAAUCUGUUAAAUCUCUGUCCCUAUAUUUAUACUCUUCUACUUGACUCAAAAAACAUGGUAUAUAUUCACUGUUAUACACUGUUCUGGACCAUAGUUUUUCACUUAAGAAUACAUCCUGGUAAGGGAACUCUUGACACUGUUGGUGAGAAUGUAAAUUGUUGCAGCCACUGUGGGAAAUAGUAUGAUGGUUUCUCAAAAAAACUAAACAUAGAACUACCAUACGAUCCAGCAAUUCUACUCCUGGGUAUAUAUCUGAAAAAAACCAAAAACACUAAUUCAGAAAGAUACAUGCACCCCAAUAUUCAUAGCAGCAUUAUUUACAAUUACCAAGAUAUGGAAGCCAUCUAAGUGUCCAUCAAGAGAUGAAUGGGUAAAGAUGUGGGGUGUGUGUGUGUAUACACACACACACACACACACACACAAUGGAAUACUACUCAGCCAUAAAAAUGAAUGAACAUUUACCAUUUGCAUCAAGACGCAUGGACUUGGAGAACAUUAUGCUAAGUGAAAUAAGACAGAGAAAGACAAAUACUGUAUGAUAUCACUCAUAUAUAGAAUAUAAAAAAUAAACUAGUGAAUAAGACAAAAAACAGUCUUACAGAUAAAGAGAACAAACUAAUUGUUACUGGAAGGAAGAGGGUGGGGCAAAAUAGGGAUGGGGGAUUAAGAGGUACAAACUACUAUGUAUAAAAUAAAUAAGCUACAAGGAUAUAUUGUACAAGAGAGAAUAUAGCCAAUAUUUUAUAAUAACUAUAAAUGGAGUAUAACCUUUAAAAAUUGUGAAUCACUAUGUUGUACACCUGAAACAUAUAAUAUUGUACAUUUUCUCUCUCCCUCUGUCUCUCUAUAUAUAUAUGUAUGUAUGUGUGUGUGUAUAUAUAUAUAUAUAUAUAUAUAUAUGUAUGUAUGUAUGUAUGUAUGUAUGUAUAUAUCCUGGAGAAAACUUCACAGAGUCAGUUCUACAGCAAUGCAUUGUAUGUGUUCCUGAAAACCACCAAGUUAUGCAAAAUCCAACAGAAAAUCACAAGGCCUAUUGAGACCCUUGAAAUACCUUCAGUAAAACAAAAAAUAAAAUGGAAGCCUAAUAUAUGUGGUACUACAGUUUGACACGUUAAAAGUUUGAGAAACAAACCAAAAAAAUACCGUAACAAAUAUGGUCCUUGACCUUCAUUCUGUCGUUGGCACAUGUGUAAUUACAAACACUGGGCCCUGUAAUAAUUUAUUUAAAUAGUCCCCAUCAUUUCUGUUUAGUCAGUCUCUGUCUUCCCUGUAACAUUUUAUGGGGCAUAUUCUAUCCUAAGCAUAAAUAUGUCACUUCAAACUUUGAAAUUAACUACCCUCAAGUAUCUCCAUAUUCUGGUGUACAUGGCCACAGCAAGAAUUUCUGUGCUGUCUUGGUUUUCAGACUUACAGCUGUUGUCCAGGGGUUCCAUCCUCAGCCAGACUUACAGCUGCUGUCCAGGGGUUCCAUCCUCAGCAGAGGAGUCAGGUAAUGCCCUUCAGUCAGCACUGCACCUCCUCUUCCCUGUACUGCAAAAAGUGAAAUCUUUUUUGGCAAGGCUGAAAGGGCCUUAAAUAUUGCAUGGGAGACACUUUCUAUGUUCCAGAAAUGGUUUAGGAAAUCUGGAAGGAACUCGAAUUAAGAAACUAGACACUUUCAGGUCUGUGCAAUUAAUGGGCACCAAUCUAACUGCUAUAUAUAAGUUUGCCUCCAGUAGGUUAAUAUUUCCCACAAAUGUUCCCCUGCAACUCGUCCUGGAGACUGGGUCCUACUGAAACACUGGAAAACUAAGCAUCCAGAAGACCAGUCCAUAUUUGCUGGGCCAGACCUCAUAAGGAACGACACAGGGAACAGAAACCACGCUGUUGAAGAAAACCAUGACCAAUAUCAUCCAAAUCCUGGCUGGUUCCAGAUCCCCGAUACUGACUUCUCUGAAUGGGCAAUGAACCCCUACAGAUCUUAAGUUGCUUUCAGAAGGAAGUUACGAGAAAGAAAUUAAGGUGAGGGACUUCCCUGGUGGUCCAGUGGUUAAGAAUCUGCCUUCCAAUGCAAGGGACGUGGGUUCGAUCCCUGGUCGGGGAACUAAGAUCCCACAUGCCAUGGGCCAACUAAGCCCGCGCACUCUAAAGCCCGUUCGCCAAAACUAGAGAGCCCGUGUGCUGCAACUGCUGAGCCCACGCACCACAAUGAAAGAUCCCAUGUGCUGCAACUAAGACCAAACACAGCCAAGUAAAUAAAAUAACUAAAUAAAAUAUUUUUUUAAAAGAAAUUAAGGUGAAUGGUACCAAAGCUCUUGUUCAGUCAAUAGGAUUGUCUGCUGGCUUUAUAUACUGUUAACCUAACUGCAUGCCUGACAUUUAUGACUGAGGAACUCUAAAUCUUUGUGGGGAUAUCUAUGCUCCUAGUGGGAUGGCUACAGUGGUGACUUUGGCAAAGUAAACUUCUUCAGAAGGUAAUGCCCCAAGGCAAAGCAACAAAUAAUUAGCUCACUAGAUCACCAGAAUGAGUGUUCUUUUCUUUUGCUAUAUUUCCUCUGUGAUUUUAUCCUUCCAGGAUUGGAAGAAUAAUUAGGAUUUCUCAAACAUUGGGAAAAACAGGCAAUCUUUCUAGAUGUUGCCUAAGUCAUCUAAAACCUUUUUCUGUAUGUAAUCAUGCUGACCCCUUGGUUGUGCCUGUCAUGAGUGUUUUGGCCAUCCUGAACUUCACUAUGAUUAUGAAUUAAAAAAAAAAACUUCAGAUGUACUCUGGGAAAAAGCUGACUCAUUAGCCAAAGUAGUCCUAGAUAAUUGUAUAGCUCCAGAUUAUAUACUAGCUGAACAGGGUGAAGUUUGUGCUAUUGCUAAUACCUCUUGUCAUGUAUACAUUAAUGCCUAAGCUGAAGUGGAAACUCAUAUAGACAAAAUCAGGCAACAGACUACUGGCUACAGCAAAUAUCCCAGAAGUACUGGGUCCAAACUGGUUUCCAGGACUAUUUUCCUGGAUCCAAUCUCUUAGGAAAUAUAUGCUCAUGGAUCCCAUCAGGAAUAAGGUCUAUAUUAUAGGGAUUAGUUAACUAGGUGGUGUUGUUUUAUGCUUGCUAGGAUUUAUAUUCCUUCUUGUCAGAAAUCUACUUGCUGUUUGUCUCAUAUGUUUAAACCCCAAACCCCAACCCAUAUGAACAUAAAGGCCCAGAACAAAAGCCUUGGCCUCAUCUAGGGAAUCAUGAGUAUUUGCAAUCAAAUAAGAAACAGUUUCAUUCCUCAAGCCCAUAUCAGGCCUAUGCCUCUUCUGCAGGAAGUAGCCAGAGUAGUCAUUGCCCCUCUUCCCUUAAGACUGAGUAAUGAUCAAAAGGCAGGGGGUGGGGGUGGUGUGAUGAACUGGGCGAUUGAGAUUGACAUGUAUACACUGAUGUGUAUAAAAUUGAUGACUAAUAAGAACCUGCUGUAUAAACAAAUAAAUAAAUUUUUUUUAAAAAAGAUGGGGUAUUGAAACUAUUCCUUAUAGGGUUAAAAAACCCAUCCUGAAACCGUGCCCCAUAGGGUUAACAGAAAUUGGUGACUAACAGAAAUUCUUGAACUUGUCUGACAGAACAGGAGAUAAUGGAGCAGCUAGUUGAAAACACCUUGGCUUGUAACACAACAAAAGUGGCUGAAAAUAGAUGAAACCAAUGUGGCCAAACCAAGUAUGCACAGAAUAGACUUGGUUGUCUGAUAAAUGACCUUCAACUUUACAGCCCCAAAUUCCCCCAAACGUUUCAUACCAACUCCUCCUGAAUUUGCACGUGUCCCUGAAAGCAUGUAGCUCCAUUGUGCCUGCACAGAACGACGAUUAUUUCACCUUUUCCUGCCUCCAAUCACCUUCCCUAUACCACUGACAACACUACACUCUUCACCCAUAAAUGGCCCAAGUUCCCCAUCUCCUGAAAUGUGUAUUUGGUAUUUGUUCUCCAAUCUCCUCACUUGGCUGCCUUGUACAAAUAAAAAUAAGCCCUUUCUCUGCUGCAAACCUCCACAUCUCAGUAUUUGGCUUGCUGCACAUUGGGCAAACGGACCUGGUUUGGUAACAUGCUUUUCUUCACAUAAAAUUUGUUUCUAUAAAUGCAAAAUAAACGAGACUUUAUUUUCUCUGAAUGAGAAUGAAUGUUAACUUUUACAACUGAGAGAAAUUUAGAAAUAUACUAGACUUUGGCUAACAAUACAUGUCCCUCCCCCCUUUGCAAAACAAAGGAACACCACCAAAAGCACUUAUGCAUAGCAGCAGCUAUCAUUCUCAAACUCAGCAUCUGGGAACCCAUCUUCCCUGUCUUACUGCUCAUCACAUGCUUGUAGGAAGAAAUCUUUAGAGUGAAAACUGUGAGGUUCAGUGUGCUUACUAGGGAUAAGUGAGAGAUGUUUUCAUAAAGGGUUGGUAACAGGAGGAGAAACGAAAAUCUCCAGCAGCCCUGAAGCAGGUGGACAAGUGUGGUGAUAGCCUCUGGUUCCCUUAACAAAUGUCUUUCCUUUCCUGUUUUUGUCUGUUUGUCUGCUAUCUGUCUCUCUAAAUUUUUUAAUAUUUCAACCUCAGAAAGCCUAAUUAUUUUUUAAAAUGCUUAUUUAUUUAUUUUUGUCUGUGUCAUGUCUUUGUUUCUGUGCAUAGGCUUUCUCUAGUUGGCGAGCAGGGGCUACUCUUUGUUGCGGUGCACAGGCUUCUCAUUGUGGUGGCUUCUCUUGUUGCCAAGCAUGGGCUCUAGGCACGCAGGCUUCAGUAGUUGUGGCUCAUAGGCUCUAGAGCACAGGCUCAAUAGUCGUGGCGCAUGGGCUUAGUUGCUCCAUGGUAUGUGGGAUCUACUCAUUGUGGUGGCUUCUCUUGUUGCAGAGCAUGGGCUCUAGGCACGUGGGCUCAGUAGUUGUGGCUUGAGGGCUCUAGAGUGCAGGCUCAGUAGUUGUGGCACACGGGCUUAGUUGCUCCACGGCAUGUGGGAUCUUCCCAGACCAGGAAUUAAACCCAUGUCCCCUGCAUUGACAGGCGGAUUCUCGACCACUGUGCCAUCAAGGGAAGUCCCGCCUAAUUAUUUCUUAAUCUAUGAAUCUAUAAUCUUCAUAGAUUUCCUGAAAUACAUUCCUUAAGAGAAUGUGAAACCUAUCUGGAGGAAAAAAAAAAGAAAUCUACUAACCCAAUUGUUUGCUGUGAGAACAGUGGCUGCAGGUGUGGAAAGGGGGGGAUUCUGAACCCUGGGUAAAUGUUUUGAAAUGCCAUGAUCUCAUCUUUUUGCUGGAAGGUGAUUAAUCACUUCAUCUGUAAUUGCAGUAAUAGUGUCUGCAAAGGGAUUUGAGGUCAUUUCUGGAAAACAUUUGUGAGCUAUGCAACCACUGAAAGCUACUAAAAGUGAUUAAUAAAGAUAUCUUAACAGGAGAGCAGAACAGAUAGGGAAGAAAUUAUUUUUGAAAUAAAAAUCCUAAUGGAAAAGGAGCAGAAGACACUGAAAUCUAAUAGUUGAGAGAAGAAAGAAAAAAACUGAGCACAUCCUAUCCAUCUUUCUUAGUCAAUUCAGCGUUUGAAUCCAAAAUAUGACUUCUUUCCAUUCCUGAGAACCCUUGAAGGUAUUGAAACUGAUUGGGUGAGACAGGAAUAAGCAGUGUUGGAAAAAAUAGCAAACAAUGUUACAAAUGAACAGGAACUUCCGGUUUUCAUGUUUGUUCAGUGCUUCAACAUAUAUUCAUUGCAUACCUUGUCAGGCACAUUCCUAGAUAUAUAUGAGUGCACAGAACAUAAUAAGUAAAAAAAAUGCAUCCUCAUGGAAAUUGCAUUCUGGUUAAGGGAAACACACAACAAGCAAUGUGCUAAGUUGUUAAAUUACAUAGUAUCUUAGAUGGUUAUAAUAGGUCUUAGGGAAAGAGAAAAGAAGAACCACAUAGAGGUGAAGAAAAGUAUAGGGAGUAGGGAAGCAUUGCAAUAGUAAAUUGGGUCUCCAUAGUAGGAGUCAGGUGUAGAUGAAAUUUGAGGAAAUAAUUAAGGUGGUUAGUGAUAAAGUCUUUAUUCCUUCCCAAACGUUAUAUAUUUAUUUUCUUGACUUAUUUCACUAGAGAGAAACACCAAUGUAACAAUGAAUAAAAGUGCAUAGAGCAGUUCACAAUGUGUGGGGAAGUAUUUUAUAAGGGACAAAGAGGUAUGACAUUUGCAAUAGCACUUUUGUAGAAGCAUUAUAUAAGAUAAAAGAAGAUCCCUUCUGUAUUAGUUUGAUUUCCCUCUCCUCUCCAUCUCUCUCUCCUCACACACACAGCAAUUAAAAAAACAAAACCAAAAUAAAACAAAAAACACACUGGAAAAAGUAUUUUGAGCUGAAUAGAAAAAAACACUCAACAGAAGAAAAUUUGUGAGAGGUUUCUUUUUUGUUGCAUUCAUUCAUUAUUUUUUUACGUUUAUAUUAGGUUCAGGUGUAUAACAUUGAUUCAUUAUUUUUGUGCAUUAUGAAAUGAUCACCUCAGUAAGACCAGUUACUAUGUUUGAGCACUGGUUACAAUAUUAUUGACUAUAUUUCCUAUGUGCAAAUUACAUCCUCAUGACAUUCAUUUUAUAUCUGGAAUAUUCUACCUUGUAAACUGCUUCACCUAUUUUGUCCAACCAUUCAUCCCCCUUCCCUCUGGUAACCAUGAGUUUGUUCUCUGUAUCUAUGAGUCUGUUUCUGUUUUGUUUGUUCAUUUUUUUUGUUUUUUAGAUCCAACAUAGAGGUAAAAUCAUAUAGUAUUUCUUUCUCUGACUUAUUUCAUUUAACAUAACACCCUCCAGGUCCAUCCAUGUUGUUGCAAAUGGCACGAUUUCUUAUUUUUUAUGGCUGAGUGAUAUUCCAUUUUGUGUGUUAUACAUAGCUACACACACACAUACAUACCACAUCUUUAUCCAUUCAUCUAUUGAUAAACUUAGGUCCUGUCAAUAUCUUGGCUAUUGUAAACAAUGCUGCAAUGAACAUAGGGGUGCAUAUGUCUUUUCAAAUUAGUGUUUUUGUUUUCUUCAAAUAAACUGAAGUGUAAUUGUUCAACCAUUGAUAGUUCUAUUUUCAGUUUUUUGAGGAACCUCCAUACUGUUUUCCACAGUGGCUGGGCCAAUUUACAUCCCCAUCAACAGUGUUUGAGGGUUCCCUUUUCUCCACAUUCUGGUCAACACUUGUUUCUUUUUAAAAAAUUUAUUUUACUUAUUUAUUUUUGGCUGCAUUGGGUCUUUAUUCCUGCAUGCAGGCUUUCUCUAGUUGUGGUGAGUGGGGACUACCCUUUGUUGCUGUGUGUGGGCUUCUCAUUGCAGUGGCUUCUCUUGCUGUGGAGCGUGGGUUCUAGGCACAUGGGCUUCAGUAGUUGUGCCUCACAGGCUCUAGAGCACAGGCUCAGUAGUUGAGGUGCAUGGGCUUAGUUGCUCCAUGGCAUGUGGGAUCUUCCCAGACCAGGGCUUGAACCCAUGUCCCCUGCAUUGGCAGGCAGAUUCUUAACCACUGCACCACUAGGAAGUCCUGUUUUUUUUUUUUUUUUUUCUGGUACACGCGCCUCUCACUGCUGUGGCCUAUCCCGUUGCGGAGCACAGGCUCCGGAGCGCAGGCCCAGUGGCCAUGGCUCACGGGCCCAGCCACUCCACGGCAUGUGGGAUCCUCCCGGACCAGGGCACAAACCCGUGUCCCCUGCAUCGGCAGGCGGACUCCCAACCACUGCGCCACCAGGGAAGCCCUGUUGUUUCUUUUUGAUAAGCCAUUCUGACAUGCGUGAGGUGGUAUCUCAUUGUGGUUUUGAUUUGCAUUUCUGUCAUGAUUAAUGAAGUUGAGCAUAUUUUCAUGUGCCUGUUGGCCAUCUGUAUGUCUUCUUCGGAAAAAUGUCUAUUCUGCUUCUUAGCCCGUUUAAAAAAAUUUUUUUAUUUUAA